CAUGGCUACAAUUGGAAGGCAAAGUGGUGUUUGUAACGGGUGCGUCGGCGGGGCUUGGCCGCGAAUUCUGCCUUGACCUAGCUAGGUCCGGGUGCAGAGUCGUGGCGAGUGCUCGUCGAGCGGACCGGUUGAAGUCCCUUUGUGAUGAAAUUAAUACAAUGGCUAGUUCAAAUUCUCAUUUAGUUAGAGCUAUGGCUAUUGGACUUGAUGUUACUACUGAUGGUACAAUUAUUGAAGCAUCAGUAAAGAAAGCUUGGGAUGCUUUUGGUCACAUUGAUGCUCUUAUUAACAAUGCUGGCGUUAGAGGAGGAAUAAAAUCUUCAGUGGAUAUUUCAGAGGAAGAGUGGGAAAACACUUUAAGAACAAAUUUGACAGGAUCUUGGUUAGUUUCCAAAUAUGUUGGAAGACAAAUGCAAGCUUCAAAAAAAGGAGGCUCAAUUAUUAAUAUUUCAUCUAUUUCUGGUUUAAAUAGAGCUUUAAUGCGUGGUGGUAUUGCUUAUAGUUCCUCUAAGGCUGCUAUGGAUUCUAUGACAAAGAUAAUGGCAUUAGAAUUGGGAGAACACAAUAUUAGAGUGAAUGCAAUAGCUCCAGGUCUUUUCAAAUCAGAAAUUACUGAGAAUUUAGUGAAAAAAGAUUGGCUAAAAAAUGUAGCAAAAAGAAGCAUUCCACUCAAAACUUUUGGUACAACUGAUCCAGCAUUGACUUCACUAUUGAGAUAUUUGGUCCAUGAUUCUUCAAAUUAUGUAUCUGGCAAUAUAUUUAUUGUUGAUGCUGGUUACACACUACCUGGCGUCCCUAUCUUUUCUUCUCUCUAAGUUAUGCCACUUGAUCAUCACUACAGUCGGACAUCUUUA